AUGCUGUGGGAACUUGUUCACGACGAAAAUUUCAUCAAGGCCGAGCCAGUAACAUCUGGCGAACUCCCAUCAUCCGGUACCGUCAAUAUCAAGCUGGCUUGGCAAAGACCCAAAGAUGUGCCAAAAUGGGAUGAUGUAAUUCCGCCAAAAAUGAUACUCAACAUCAAGCUU